GGCAGUGAUAUACAUGAAGAUUUCAUAGAGUUUAGGGCUGAAAGAAAGUCUUUCCAGAGAAGAAAAAGAAAGGAGAGAGUUCUUGCUGACCCUAAAAAUAUUCCAUGUGGUGUAGCUGGACCAGAUCUGGGGUUUGAUGAGACUGAAACAUGUAAAAAAAAGUAUAGAAGGUAGGAUAGGAGGUGAUGAACCAUAUUACCCAAGUUCUGAUACAUGUAGCUUUGAAACAGAUGAAGAUGAAUGUUGGUUUGAAGAUGGGGAAGAAGUUAGGGUAAAUCUACCAAGAAGGGGAUCUUCUUCUACAAAGAAGGUGAUUUAUGGUCCCACAAGUAAAAAAGUUGUGUGGCAGCUGGGUAUGAUUUUUGCAUAUGUGGAUGAACUUAGAUAUGCAGUAACCAAGUAUGCAGUUCAAAGGAGGGUUCAUGUGGAACAGUACGCGAAUGAGCCAACGACAAUCAGGUCUAGUAUGCCAAGUAGCAGAAUAGUAUCCAAUGAUCCAAUAAUGGUAACAAGAUCAGUUGAUGUAGCUAGUGACAUUGGUUUCAAACCAAGUAGUGGACUAAAAUGGAAGGGGAAACCAUCAAUCACAAUAAGAAGGCUUCAAGAGAUUAGAGGACAACAUAGAAUUCAAAUAAGGACUGGUGGUUCAAACAACCUAAGCCAGAAUAGCAAUUUUUUACAUCCACAAUAGAUUUGGUUAUUUUUUUUGCUGCAAUCUGCAAGUAAAUAAUUUUUUGAUGUUUUUGGUUGACUGCAAGCAAACAUUGUUUAUCCUA